UAUUGGCUACCCUGGCAGUGAGCUAGUGUCUAAAUAACCCCAACACGUGUUGAUGUUGAUGGUGUUGGGUUUUGAGAACUUGUUACAAAUGUUUUCUUGUAAGUAAUAAGGUAACCUCAAAGUUUACCUCAGGUUUUUGAAUACUGAGUGUGUAGUGACUGUUUAAAAUGGGCAAAAAAGAUAAGAAAAAGGGGAAAGGAGCUGAAAAAACAGCAGCCAAAACGGAUAAGAAGUUGUCUCAAAAAAUGAAGAAAGAGUUGGCUGUUAAAGGAGAGGAUGAAAUUGAGAAAAUAGUGGCUCAGAUUGAAGAAGAAGAACGAAAACAAAAAGAAGUAAUUGUGAAGAUUGUUCCUCCACCAUCGUGUCGUUCUAACUUCUCGUUCUCAGCACAUCCUGAGAAGGAUGAGCUUAUUUUGUUUGGAGGGGAAUAUUUUAAUGGCCAGAAAACAUUUCUUUACAAUGAGCUGUUCCUGUACAAUGUCGGACGGGGAGAGUGGACAUUGGUGAAAGCUCCUGGAGGACCUCCACCCCGGUGCUCUCAUCAGGCUGUGGCUCUCGCUGCUAACAAAGGCCAGCUGUGGGUGUUUGGAGGAGAGUACGCGAGCCCCACUCAGUCACAGUUCUACCACUACAGAGACCUAUGGGUCUUCCACUUUGCUACCAACCUCUGGGAGAAAGUCAAUGCUGCUGGUGCACCUUCCUCUCGAAGUGGACAUCGAAUGGUUUGUGUCAAAAAACAGCUGAUUGUAUUUGGUGGAUUUCAUGACAAUCUGCGGGAGUACAAAUAUUUUAAUGAUGUUCACUGCUUUAACCUGGAGACUCGGACAUGGACUAAAAUAGAACCCUCAGGUACACCACCUGCCCCAAGGUCGGCCUGCCAGAUGGUUGCCACACCAGACUCUAAAGUUCUCAUCUUCGGUGGCUACAGCAAGGUUAAGUUGAAGAAGGAUGAAGACAAGGGAACAAUACACACAGAUGCAUUCUUACUCUCUCCUGACAAGAACGAUACGUCUGGACUGAAGUGGAAGUGGAGUGUGGUGAAGCCUGGAGGAGCGAAGUACUCUGCACGGUGCGGAGUUGCACUCACGUCUGCGCCUGGUGGCAAGGCUUAUACAUUCGGUGGUGUCUUUGAUGUAGAUAAUGAAGAUGAUGAUGAUAUUGAUGGUGUUUUCUACAACGAUCUGCAUUCUCUUGACCUGGAAAAGUUUGUGUUCCGAACAGUGACUCUGUCAGGCAAGAAAGAAGGUUCCAAACCUAAAAGGAGAAGACGUAACAAAGAAGAUGACGAAGAUGUUUCAGACGAUGAAAUGGAAGAGGAAAAAGGAGUUAAACCGCCACCAGAAGUGGCUGAAGUCCAGAAGGUUUCAGAUGAUGGAGUAUUCACUGUGACUGUCGGACCGUCACUUGCUACCAGUUCAGAUACAGUGGCCACAGCAGACAACUCUACAAGUCCUACUGCCUGCCAUCCUCACCCUCGCAUGAACUGUGGACUGGCGGUCAAGCACGGUUCUCUCUACUUGUAUGGGGGACUGUAUGAAAAGGGUGACCAAACUGUCACAUUUAAUGACCUCCACGUUCUCGACUUGCACAAGUUGGAGGAAUGGAGGACAUUGGUCAGCUGUGACAUUGAUAGUCAGGAAUGGUUCAAGUCUAGUUCCGAGUCCGAGAGUUCCAGUGAUGAGGACGAGGAAGAAGAGGAAGAUGAGGAACCAAUGGACACAGACUGAAAGCUAGAUGUUUACCAGUCUUAGAGUUAAACUCCGCAAGAAAUGAUUCUCUGUACAUACAGUUAAGUUUGUAUUUUGAAAAUAAAUUAAUAAAAAUAAACAUUGUUUUAUUUUA